ACAAACGAAUGGGCGUGGAAAAUGCCAUUUUAGCCUGAAAGGGUGUAAUUCUAUUCAUCUUCGUGUUUUAUUUUUUUCCUUAAAAUAUCAAAGUUAUACAUAUUGUUUCCAAAUGUAGAAAAAUAUGUAUAUAUAUUUUUUUACGCCGGAAAGGGUAAAAAAGACAAAAAUAACUUAUGGGCGGAUGGCACGUUCCAUUAUCACUUCCUGGUUUACGAGGAUGCUUGGUUGAGAGCACAGACUAGUGACAGCGAACGUAAUAAGCAUGUUUGGGGCGUAGAGCAAAGUUCCACUUGAAAUAAAUCUGACAGCUGGAUGGGAGGGCGUGAUGUGUAUUUUAUGAUUAAAUAGUCCUUUGUCAAGUCACUCCUGCGCUCAUGAAUUUGCUUCGCUGCACACUUCGCCCGCAGAGUGGGUGAACACCUUAACAUUCCGAAGACCUGCAUCAUCUUCGCCCACCUCCAAGUCUGUCAGCUGCCUCCUCACGUGCAGUCGCUAGAAGACAGGGCACUGCAGCCCCGAAGAAAGCCGCUGGGUAAUGAUCAAACUCGGUGCACACGACUCGUCAGGCUCCGCAGACGAAGUACAAAGUUUGUUGGUCUGAUGCUUUUCGCGUGUUCGACAGCCACGACUGUUUUCAAGCCUCCUCAUUACCACCCUGAUGUUUUAUUCGGAAGUUUUUUGCACACCAGCGCCCUUUAAAUGCCGUUGUACUUUCCUCCAGAGCCGCCGCCUGUGAGCGCGAGCAGUCGGAAUGUCAGUGAGCAGAGCCUGGCGACGGGUGAAGGGGCUUCUCUCCAAACAGGACAGUGCCCAGCGCUUCGACGACACUGCCUUUGAUUUCUCUGACGAGGUGCUGGACGACGACUUCCCAAAGUUCAACUCGCUCAAGGUGGUGGUGUCAGAUGAAUCAAGCGGAGGACCAUCGGGAAGAUCCAGGUUUCCCCCAGCAAGGGAUGGCGGUGAAGACGACGACGAUGACGAUUCAAUGCUGGCGUCGUCCCCGAACCACGCCACUGCGGGAGUUCGACUGGACCACUGCGAAGGGUGCAGUAAAAGAAAGGAACUGUCCCGGCAAAGUAAAGUUAAGAAAAAACUCGCCUUGGCGGCCCUUCUGUAUUUCCUCUUUAUGACAGGUGAACUUAUAGGUGGUUAUGUCGCCAAUAGCCUAGCCAUAAUGACUGAUGCACUUCAUAUGCUAACGGAUCUCAUCGGUAUUGUUGUGUCCCUGCUUGCACUGUGGCUGUCUGGAAAACCACCCACAAAAAGGUUUACCUUUGGAUUCCAUCGUCUCGAGGUUAUUUCGGCAGCAAUCAGUGUUUUGCUAAUAUACAUACUUACAGCAGUACUACUUUAUGAAGCUGUUCAGAGAACUAUGCAUCAGGAUUUCACUAUAGAUGGAGAUAUUAUGCUCAUAACAGCAGCUGUUGGGGUUGCAGUGAACAUAAUAAUGGGAUUCAUGUUGAAUCAGUCUGGUUAUCUCCACUCUCAUUCUCAUGGACCAGUUGAGCCUCAGCGCAACAGUGAACAACGACACAGUCACUCUCAGACGAACAGCAGUCUGGCAGUACGGGCUGCCUUUAUACAUGCUUUGGGUGACUUAGUUCAAAGUAUAGGUAUUCUGAUUGCUGCUUAUAUCAUCCGCUUUAAGCCUGAAUACAAGAUUGCUGAUCCUAUCUGCACAUAUGUAUUUUCUUUUCUGGUGCUAUUCACUACAAUCCGUAUUAUGUGGGAUGCUGGUAUUAUUGUACUAGAAGGUGUUCCAAGACAUUUGGAUGUAUCUCACAUUAAAGAAGACCUCCUAAAAUUAGAGGAUGUGCACUCGGUGGAGGAUCUAAACGUUUGGGCUUUGACAUCUGGAAAAAUUGCUGCAGUUGUUCAUUUACAGCUUGGUAAGCAGAAUUUAAAGAGUUCCAGAAAGUUCCACAAAAUGGGAAGAAGUUCAGGCAAAAGCAAGACUUCUACUCCUGCACACGUAUGGCAUGUACAAGUGCUCCAUACAGCUACAAACCUUCCGACAAGGCACAGCCUAUUCGUGUAGUAGAUGCCAAAGUUGUUGACAGAACGCUACUCCUCAUCUGAGGCUGAGAUCAACUUAUGCAUGUCUGAAAUGCAAGACUUAAGCAUUUUGGGUUUCUCUGGGAGAAAGAAUUUUUCCUCGCCAAGCUGAGGCCUGCCACUGUGUGCACCCUCUGACUUCCCAGUGGACUGUUCUUCCCAGGUUUUUAAUGAUAGAAAUCUGGAUCACUAACUUUGUUAUGUCGCACAAUUAUUGGAGAUGGAUUGUUGAAGGUGUACAGAACUGCCAAGUUUUUAAAAAUGUUGCCAAAUGCUUUUGUUUGUAUUUCCUUUCACAUGCAUAGGGUAAAAGAUAUGCACAGCAAUGCUGAAUACAUUUCUCAGAUAUACAGGCAAAAGUGUUAGUUAUCCAAAAUAGUGACAUAUAAAAAUUUGUAUCUAGGAUUUUUUUGGCAAGCUCAAAAGUAUUUGUGUCUCCUAAAUUCUUUUUUUCUCUUCUUUAAUUUGAUAUACCAGGAUCUAAUUAUUGACUUUUUUAAACAGUAUUAUUAUGUUAACACACUCACAGACCCCUCCAAGUCUCAGGGCUUUCUCUGCAGGUUCCUGUGUUUGGGUUGCUGCCUUCUAGUGACACUUUGUGUCAUACUAUAGCAUCAGAAUUGAUUCUUUACAUCUCUUUCUAGUGUUAAAUCAAUGUUUUACUACAAAUAUUAAUGCAAGUUAGUUUUAUGUGAAACUCUAAACAUUAACUGUCUUUAAGAACAGCCAAGCUGUGAUUGACAUGCACCACACAAGGCUCUCGUUUCCUACUUCAUCUCUUUUUCCUCUUUAUGCCUUUUCCUGUGCUAGUGAACAGCCUCACAACAUUUGUGUCAGUAUUUGGGUAAAGGAAGCUGGACAUUUCUAUCACCACCAGGGAUUUAAUUACAGUAUUUACCAUCAGGGUUAACCUUGAUAACAUAUGCCAAUGAACUUUGGAGACCACAGCUUUCCGUGCAGCUCCAACUGCACAAACCUGUUUAAGGCAGCUAACACCCAAAAUGUACACGCUGUCAUGACAUACACGUUAUGGUGUUCUAGCUGAUCUCUACUGGUAAAGAAAAUUAUGCACUUAUGAGCUUGACAGAUGCAAGGUGCUGUCACAAAGGAUAUAAUUAAAAAGGGUCGUCCACUUGGGCCAGUGAUCAGCAGUAUCUUUUGUCACUUUCACUUAAAAGCUCAUUUUUCUGAUGCACCGUUUAUCUUUAAAGGCACUUGAACCCAAUGCAAUAAAAAUGAAUGCCUUUGGACUUCACUUCUAUUGGGUCUUUAACCUUAGGGUCCCCUGUGCCAUUAUGAACAUAUUAUAUACUAUACACAUUAUAUACAAAUUGCGUUUAUUAUUCAGUAGCAAAGACUUAAAGUGCUUGGAGAACGUGCACAUUUAACACUUAAUAGAAUGAUAAUUGUUUUCUAUGCCUUAAUUCCUUUUUUAACUGACCUACCAUUUUUGUUGAAUAAUUUAAAAGAAUUUAAGCCUAUAGGCAUCUUAAUGCAUUUUUUUUUUUUAUUUAUAGCAGUGACUGAUGAUAUUCACAUAUGCUAGUUUAUUAGUUCUGUGUUUUCUCGGCCAUUCUAUACAUGACCAGUGUUUGUUCAUUUGAAAGCAUGUUGCAAACUUCCCUUAUUCAUGCCAAAGUCGGUUUGAUAGUUUACUACUC